UUCUCUCUAGUGUGUAGGCCAUAAGACUAAACGGUUAAAGAUAACAUACUUAAGGGUUUUCCAAUGUUUCUUUCAUAACAAGGUUUUUUAUUCAAAUUCAUUUUAAAUAGUUAUUUUAAUUUCACAAACCUUCGGAAUAUUUCCUAUGGGUGGUCUUACAAGCACUAAACCGGAAAAGAUAACAUUUUCAUGGAAAAGUCCACGAAUUGCCUACUCUCUGGUCUACACGGCAUUUGGAUUUUUCAUGCUAUUCUUCUACACAAAGCAUAUCGUUUCCAUUGGAAUAACAGCUAAGAAUUUCGUUGGGUUUGGAUUUUUUGCGUGCUGCAUUAUAAGUUAUUUGUAUUUUAUGUGGCUGGCUGGAAAAUGGAGAAAAAUUAUGAUUUUUUGGAGGAAAAAAGAGAGUACACUCCUCAAUUAUCCAUAUCAGGUCAAUCGCAUUCCUGUUGUAAUCCACGUGAGAUUCUUGGCAAUGGUUUUCCUAAUAAUGGCACUGAUUGAACAUUUGCUCUUCUUGGCUAAUUCUUUAUACAAUAUUUUUAAGGAAGCUUCAGUUUGUAAAUAUGAUUUGCCCGAUAAAGCAAAAUAUUUCUUUAUGAAGCAAUUUAUGCAUAUUUUCAGUGAAAUUCCAUAUAGUUUACCUUUAGCCUUGAUAUUGACUUAUAUGAAUUUUUGUUUAACAUUCGCUUGGAAUUUCAUUGAUAUUUUUGCAAUCUUGAUAAGUGUCGGUCUUGCAAAACGAUUCGAACAAAUAAACAACCGACUGGACUCAGUUAAGGGAAAAUUUGCUCCUCAAAGCUACUGGGAACAAGUUAGACUUCAUUAUGUGCAAUUAUGCGAAAUGGUUGAAUUUGUAGAGAUGCACAUAUCACCAAUAGUCUUACUCUCCUGCACCAAUGAUCUUUACUUCAUCUGUUACCAAUUGUUGAAUAUUUUUAAUACUUUACCAUAUACAAUAAACAACGUCUACUUCUGGUAUUCGCUUCUGUAUCUCAUACUUAGAACACUUUGCUUGUUCUUGUUCACAUCUGAAAUUAAUGAUCAGUCUAAAAGACCCUUGCUGAUCCUCAAGACCAUUCCAACGUAUGCUUGGUGCGUAGAACUGGAUAGGUUCAUCCAUCAGACUUCAAAGGACACCAUUUGUUUGACAGGAAUGAGAUUUUUCUUCUUCACACGAAAACUUGUUCUAUCUAUGGUAGGAACGGUCGUCACUUAUGAACUCGUCUUGAUGCAGUUUGACUUUAAAAAUAAUGAACUGUACUCUCAUGAGAAUGAAACAGUUUUUCGCUAUGAAUGUGAUUUUACGUACUAAAAUUUUAUAAAAAGAUUUGUUGUAUUGAUGGUGUUCAAAAAUUGAU